AUGGAGGUUUUGUUUUAUCACAGACUGCAUUUCUAAAAGACAAAAAGAUAUUGUAAUCAAUGUGACUAGUAGAAGAGUAAUGUUGACGCUAAACCAAUCCCAGUUAAGACAAAGCCAUUACUGAACUUCAGACAGAUAACGUUGAAGUUAAGACUCCAGAAGACAAAUACAUAUUUCUUACCUUUCCUUUCCUUUCACACUCAGCUAACGUUAUCUUGACUGACAGACACUCGCCUGGUGAAGUAAGCUUAUCGAUGUUCUGCACGUCUUUGCUGGCCAGCUUUUAAACACCCGGUGUUUAACGGCUUCAGUAAAGCAUCAGCCAGACUGUCCUCGUGUUAUUAAGUUAAUUGAGUUCAGGUGUGACGGCCUCUUGCUUUAAGCAGGGCCUGCUGUGGGCGUUCCCUUGUUGCUUGUCUAUGUUGUCUUGCAGGUACCUUGUAGGCGGAGCCUAUCAGUACAAUUGGCAGCACCUGGCCAGUUUCCCAGGGCCACCGGGUAUUUAGGACCUGCCUGCCGCAGUCCGCGUUCUCCUCUGUUCCUGCAGCAACAUGUUUUCGGUUGUUGAGCAAUAAAUGUACCUCUUUCCGUUUAAAAACCCGUGUGACUCGAACCACACCAUAAAAUACACAUGCAAGACGCCUACUCUGCCACUUGGUUCCCCUUGCAGCACAGCACAAAGCCCCACACGAAAAAUAAAACAGAAAAUGGCCCAUUCAAUUGGUUAGUUAAAAGGCACACUAAAUCAAAUAAGUCUGGUGGUGGUUGGCUCCUCUCGUGUCUUUGUUUAGAACUUUCUAGACUGGAACACUGUCUCCUCCCCCAGUUGAAGACAUGCAGGUGACUAAAAUCUUUCUUCUUGGCUGAUGUGCCUAUAGGCAAUCACUCCAAGCUUUGGUCCCUCACCAAACAUGAAUCAAAUCAGUCACCAAACAAAGGCUGGCCUCAGCAGCCCUCUCAGGUGUGUCUGAGUUCAGGAAGAAAGGCCCAGGUGAACUUCCCACCUACUCUGCCCCCUGUUGCCUGGGUGCUAAUGGUAGGCUGCCUGUUACCUGCCUUCCCACAUAAUCAAAGAGAGAACAUGAUGACUUAAUGAGAGCAGCUGUGUUUACAAAAACAUCAUUAGGGAAUAAUUAAAACGGUCUGUAGUAGUGUUGAAUAUGCUUUAAUCUAGAAGAGAGCCCUCACAGUGAAAAAAAGCUCCUGUUAAUUAGCUGACCCCACUGACAAAAUCCAUGUGUUGAUAAGACACUCUUCUUACAGACUCCAGCGGGAAUAUAAUGCAACCAAUUAAAUGGUAAGCCACGGGAUGGGGAGGAUGGAAUAUCCACUCUCACUGAAAGUUGUUGGUAGACUGCGAGGACAGCUCUGCUGAGGGGAUUAGUGUAGGGUCGGCUGCACUACAAUCUCUUCAAUCCGAUGGAUAAACACAACCACCCCUGCCAUGUUUUAUCGCUCUCUUUUCCUACUCAACAAGAAGAAGCCUUAAAAUGUGUGAAAUCUUUUAACAGUGGAGUGGUAAUAUACGAAAAGGUGACUGUCGCACUUCUUGCAUCUUUUGUCCAGAGACAUACAGCAACAGAUGUGUUGCCAGCAUUCUAAUAUCGGGAGGAGGGGAGGGGGGGAUUAAAUCACAACGCUGCUCUAGUGAUUUGACAGCGCUUCAGCUUUGAUAGAAAGGGUUUGCAGGGAGCCUGCCAGUCAGAGUCCGCAGCAUACCGAGGGAACGAUGAUGGGUGUGUGAGGGCCACAAGGGAAGCAACAAGAAAUACACUUCGAACCAAAAGUUGCUUCAAAAGCUCUGUCGGCAUAGAGGGAAUCAAAGGGACAUAUCAACAGCUGCCAUGAGGCUGGACAGCGCAGGGAUCCGGGCCCGGAGGGCUGCGGAGCCGUCUGAACCAGAGCAGGAGGAAGCAACAGAGCCGGGUCACCAUGAGCACUCCCCUACUGAACACCAUGAGCACUCUCAUACUGAACACCAUGAGCACUCGCAUACAGAACAUCACCCCGGCCACGACUACAACCACAUGAAGGAGAAGUUCAUGACUGAGCUUGGUCAUCUGCCAAUUCCCAUGUGGGCCGUAGCAGCCAUUGUUGUGGUGGUCCUGGUUUUGGUGGCAUGCUUCCUCUUCUGCCUUUUCAAGAAAUGCUUCGGGAAAAAGAAAAAGCCAAAGAAAGUGAGGGAGAGGAAGACAGGUCGCCGCAAAAAGGAAAAGGAAGGUGAAGGAGAGGCUGGGGAGAAGGAGGGAGAGGUGAAGAAGGAAGGAGAGGAACAGGAGAAAGAACAGGAAAAGUUGGGAAGGCUGGAGUUCUCAUUGGACUACAACUUCACAGAUACCCAGCUCAUAGUGGGUAUUCUUCAGGCUCAAGACCUUGCUGCUAUGGACAUGGGGGGAACCUCAGACCCCUAUGUCAAAGUCUUUUUUUUGCCAGACAAAAAGAAGAAGUAUGAGACCAAAGUACAACGCAAGAAUUUGUGUCCUGUUUUCAACGAGACUUUCAUCUUUAAGGUCCCAUAUGCAGAGUUGGGCGGAAAGACUUUGGUGCUGCAAGUUUUUGACUUUGACCGUUUCUCCAAACAUGAUAUGAUCGGCGAGAUAAAGAUUCCCAUGAACAGCGUUGACUUGGGCCAGCCAAUGCAACAAUGGAGAGACGUGGAGAGUGGUGAAAAGGAGGAGCAAGAAAGACUGGGCGAUGUCUGCAUUUCUUUACGAUAUGUACCCACUGCUGGAAAACUGACGGUGAACAUCAUGGAGGCAAAGAAUCUGAAGAAAAUGGAUGUUGGUGGUUUAUCAGAUCCGUAUGUGAAGAUUAUUCUGCAGCAAAAUGGGAAACGGAUUAAGAAGAAAAAGACGACCGUUAAGAAAAACACGCUCAAUCCUUACUUUAAUGAGAGUUUCAGUUUUGAAGUCCCCUUCGAGCAGAUACAGAAAGUGCAGGUCGUCAUCACAGUGCUUGACUACGAUAAACUUGGGAGCAAUGACCCCAUUGGAAAGACCUUCAUGGGUUAUGGAGCUACAGGAGUUGGCCUGCGCCACUGGUCAGAUAUGUUAGCCAAUCCCAGACGUCCAGUAGCCCAGUGGCACACUCUGCUGCCAGAAGAAGAAGUCGACGCGGCAGUCAAAGCAAAACCUCGUUAGAGUCGGACCUUGUUUGGAUAUCAAAUACUGCCAAUUUAUAUAUAUUUUACUUAUUCUAAUAGUCCUGAUGUGUUGUCAAGUCACAUGUCCUGUUUUCCAUUUUGUUUCUUGUAAGAUACUUUAAUGUGUGUGUGUGGUGCGUGUGGUGUGUGGGUGUGUGUGUGAUGUACAGACAAAAUGUGGUUGUUACUCAGCUUCCCCUAUUUACCUUAUACAUGACUUUAUAUUUGUAUGAUUGUAAAACACGUAUCUGUAAAUCCUUUGUGUACGCUCAUGCAUGGGCCUACUAAAAUGUGGAUGCAUAAAGGAAUGAUUUGGACAGGUGUUGUAAAUGAGUGGACAGGUGUUGUAAAUUAGCGUUUCGCUACAAACACUAAACAGUGCAUCUGGUCCUUGUGCAUAAAUGUAUGUUACAAUUCUAAUGCUACUGUGAUGUCCAUAUCAAAUAAAAUAAACAUAACAUAA